AUGUUGACCGUUAAGAAGAUUGUCCAGUUGAGCGAGGGAAUGGAAAACAUUGCUCUCGUGGCGGUUGUGAUCGCUAAAAGUGAUCCUCGACUAUUCAGUGGGUCACUUGCGCGUGCAGGUGGACGAUACGGUGUUAAGGCUGCAUUCGAAGAGUCCGCUGAUGGUUCCACUACUGCCAGUACGGCCCGAGGUGUCCUCACAUUAACACUCCGCGAUUCAGAACGGGACACAAUCAACUGUACGGUUUGGGCGGCGGCAGAUGUCAUCGUGCGGUACGACGAAACGAUCACCAUUGGCGAUGUGCUGGAUGUGCAGAAACCACAGGUUACUGCAUCGUUCUAUGGUCGAUCGGAACAAUAUUCACCCCGCGUCACGUCCUCCUUUUCGCUUACCGUCAACGAACAAGCGGUUGGAAACCAAAUAGCACACCACGCCGGUGGUCCCGAUCCGUAUCUCAGUUCGUUGAUCCGCAUACCGUUGGUGCGACCGGAGGAAACGAUUCCGCUGGCUGAUCUUGUGGCCAGUGGAGCGGGCUGUAGUGGUGAAACGUUUCACGUUCUUGCCGUCGUUCGUAGUGUGCGUCCUGCUCGCCAGAUACGGAUCGCUCGACGAAAUGAAACCAGGGCCUUUCGUGAGGUCGUACUGAUGGACCAGAGCCAUUCUGGUGUCCUGCUGAAGCUGUGGUCGGCAGCGUAUAUCCGCUGGGCUGAUCGUUGGCAACCGUUGGUCACUGUGCUGCUCAUCGUGGAUGCAAGGACCGAGUACAGCGAGUAUCACCGAUCGGUCGGACUGACUAUCGAUCGGAAGACGAUCAUUAUCCAGGAUCCGAAAGUUCCGCAGAUCGUUGAGCGAUUGCUGCGCCAUGCUAAGGAUGUCCCGAUGCAAUCCGUCGACGUCGCUUGCUCGCUCUCAUCAGGAACCAUCGAUCCGGCCACAAUCAACACCGUCAUGACGGUACAGCAAAUCCUAGAUCGAUCCGGCGGAACCGGCUCGCAAAUCACGGAGGAGGAUCAAUUCACCGCGCUCUGCUACGCCGUCAUAACGCGCCUGGAUCUAGAUGGUCCCGGUUCGCGAACCGUUAGCCACCGCUGUAGCCACUGCCAAACGUUCGUCGCGCGCCAAUCACCUUUCUGCCCGAAAGAGGAUUGUCCUGGGUAUCGCACACCACCGGCACUGGAUUCGUUUUUCGAUCUCACGGUCGAUCUGACCGAUCACACCGGUACGCUGGUCGGAUGCCGGAUGGUUAGCGCUGUCGCUGAGACCGUCCUUCGAUGUGACGUCACAACGUUCGAACGGAAAACGGAACAGCAAAGGACGGCCUUGAAAUGGAUGUAUCUGCUUGAUCGGUGCGCCGUACGUUUGGUUGUAAAGCGCCGGACAGCGACACGAUUUCAACAGCUCUUCUCGAUCGUCGGUUGCACGCUAGUUGAUCCGCUGGAGGUGGAAUCGAAGCUAAAGGUGUACUAAAACUGGUCCCCGAUAACAACGAAUACACAUUGUGGAUCAUUCUUGAUUUGUGAACCAUUCGUCUUUCACUUGAAAGGUGCCCUGCUUCUCCUUAGAGGUCAUAGUACUAGUGGUGAUUGAUGUUAGCUCCAGAUUGCACGCUUAAGCAAGGGAUAGUACGCGAUUAC